UGAUUGGAGAAUGUCGGGUCGCGGGAAACAAGGGGGAAAAGUUCGAGCUAAAGCUAAGUCACGGUCCUCGCGGGCUGGCCUGCAGUUCCCCGUGGGCCGCGUCCACCGUCUCCUGCGAAAGGGCAACUACGCGGAACGGGUCGGCGCUGGAGCUCCUGUUUACAUGGCGGCUGUAUUGGAGUACCUAACGGCUGAGAUCUUGGAGCUGGCGGGCAAUGCGGCUCGCGACAACAAGAAGACUCGCAUCAUCCCGCGGCACCUGCAGCUCGCCAUCCGCAACGACGAGGAGCUCAACAAGCUGCUGGGCAAGGUGACGAUCGCGCAGGGUGGUGUGCUGCCCAACAUCCAGGCCGUGCUGCUGCCCAAGAAGACUGAGAGUCAUAAGGCUAAAAGCAAGUAAACUGAAAAAAUGAAGCUGCUUAGACUUCCUUAAAUACACUUUUUUAACUCAAAGGCUCUUUUCAGAGCCACCCACACGGUCAGGAAAGAGUUGCAUUGCUUGGUUUAUGAAAGAGGUCUGAUGC